AUGGGGCUCCUGGUGGCGCCCCUCCUGCUAGCCUGGGUGGCCGGUGCCACUGCCGCCGUGCCCGUGGUGCCCUGGCGUGUGCCCUGUCCCCCGCAGUGUGCCUGCCAGAUCCGGCCCUGGUACACGCCGCGCUCGUCCUACCGCGAGGCCGCCACGGUGGACUGCAACGACCUGUUCCUGACGGCGGUGCCCCCGGCGCUGCCCGCGGGGACGCAGACCCUGCUACUGCAGAGUAACAGCAUCGUGCGCGUGGACCAGAGUGAGCUCGCCUACCUGGCCAACCUCACGGAGCUGGACCUGUCCCAGAACAGCUUCUCGGACGCCCGCGACUGCGACUUCCGGGCCCUGCCCCAGCUGCUGAGCCUGCACCUGGAGGAGAACCAGCUGACGCGGCUGGAGGACCACAGCUUCGCGGGGCUGGCCGGCCUGCAGGAGCUCUAUCUCAACCACAACCAGCUGUACCGCAUCGCCCCCCGGGCCUUCGCGGGCCUCAGCAGCCUGCUGCGGCUGCACCUCAACUCCAACCUGCUCAGGGCCAUUGACAGCCGCUGGUUCGAGAUGCUGCCCAGCUUGGAGAUCCUCAUGAUCGGCGGCAACGCGGUGGACGCCAUCCUGGACAUGAACUUCCGGCCGCUGGCCAACCUGCGCAGCCUGGUGCUGGCGGGCAUGACCCUGCGGGAGAUCUCCGACUACGCCCUGGAGGGGCUGCAGAGCCUGGAGAGCCUCUCCUUCUACGACAACCUGCUGGCCCGCGUGCCCAGGCGGGCGCUGGAGCAGGUGCCCGGGCUCAAGUUCCUGGACCUGAACAAGAACCCGCUGCAGCGCGUGGGGCCGGGGGACUUCGCCAACAUGCUGCACCUCAAGGAGCUGGGGCUGAACAACAUGGAGGAGCUGGUCUCCAUCGACAAGUUCGCCCUGGUCAACCUCCCUGAGCUGACCAAGCUGGACAUCACCAACAACCCGCGCCUGUCCUUCAUCCACCCCCGCGCCUUCCACCACCUGCCCCGCAUGGAGACGCUCAUGCUCAACAACAAUGCCCUCAGUGCCUUGCACCAGCAGACGGUGGAGUCCCUGCCCAGCCUGCAGGAGGUGGGGCUCCACGGCAACCCCCUCCGCUGUGACUGCGUGAUCCGCUGGGCCAACGCCACGGGCACCCGCGUGCGCUUCAUCGAGCCGCAGUCCACCCUGUGCGCGGAGCCGCCCGACCUGCAGCGCCGCCCGGUCCGCGAGGUGCCCUUCCGGGAGAUGACGGACCGCUGCCUGCCCCUCAUCUCGCCCCGCAGCUUCCCCCCGAGCCUCCAGGUGGCCAGCGGCGAGAGCAAGGUGCUGCACUGCCGGGCGAUGGCGGAACCAGAGCCCGAGAUCUACUGGGUCACUCCAGCCGGGGUGCGCCUGACGCCUGCCCAUGCGGGCAGGAGGUACCGGGUGUACCCGGAGGGAACCCUGGAGCUGCGGAGGGUGACGGCAGAUGAGGCCGGGCUGUACACCUGCGUGGCCCAGAACCUGGUGGGGGCCGACACCAAGACAGUCCGUGUGGUGGUUGGCCGUGCACCCUUCCAGUCAGACAGGGGCAGUGGUGGCCGGGACCUGGAGCUCCGGGUACAGGAGACCCACCCCUACCGCGUCCUGCUCUCCUGGGUCCCCCUGCCCAACACAGUCUCCACCAACCUCACCUGGUCCAGCGCCACCUCCUUCCGAGGCCGGGGGCCCCGCACCCUGGCCCGCCUGCCCCGGGGCACCCACAGCUACAACAUCACCCGCCUCCUGCAGGCCAGCGAGUACUGGGCCUGCCUGCACGUGGCCUUCGCCGAUGCCCACACCCAGUCGGCUUGUGUGUGGGCCAGGACUACAGAGGCCGCUCCUUGCCACGGGGCCCUGGGGGACCGGCUGGGGCUCGUCGCCAUCCUGGCCCUGGCCAUCCUCCUGCUGGCAGCGGGGCUUGCCGCCCGUGUUGUCAGUGCAGGCCGGCCCAGGCCGGGGGUGGCCGUGCGGCCUCUCCUCCCAGCCUGGGCUUUCUGGGGCCGGGGAGCCCCGUCCAUCCGGGUGGUGUCCGCGCCCCUGGUCCUGCCCUGGAAUCCCGGGAGGAAGCCGGCUGGAUGCUCAGAGCGGGGCACGCUUUCGCCACCGUUGUCUCCGAACUCCUAA